GUAAAAAGGGGUGGGUGGUGUUGAGAGUCGCUGCGCCAGGGUGGUGGGCACCGCGGUCCCAGCCGAGACCCCACCCCCUCGGAAGGUGCUGAGGCCACCCGGAGUAAAACUAUGUAGCCGCGGGAGAGACUCUCUGACCCCUGGGAAGUCCAUAUGGCUCUGUAUGAUGAAGACAUCCUGAAAAAUCCUUUUUAUGUGGCUCUUCAGAAGGCACGGCCAGACUUGUGCAGCAGGGUGGCGCAGAUCCACGGUGUGGUCUUAGUGCCCUGCAAAGGGAGCCUGUCUAGCAACCUUAAGCCCACGUAUCAGUUCGAGUCCUACCUUUUGAUACCAGCAGAAGGACAUUUUCAGACCUUCGAUGGAAAGGAUGUCUUUAUACAAGGAAACAGGAUUAAACUAGGAGCUGGGUUUUCUUGUCUCCUCCCGGUGCCCAUCCUCUUUGAAGAGACUUUCUACAAUGAAAAAGAAGAAAGUUUCAGUAUCCUGUGUAUAGCCCAUCCUUUGGAGAAGAGGGGAGGCCCAGAAGAGCCUUCAGUGCCUUCGGAUCCAUUUUUCCUGAAAACCAUUGAAGAUGUGAGAGAAUUUUUGGGAAGACACUCUGAGAGGUUUGACAAGAACAUCGCCUGCUUCCACCGGACAUCCCGGGAAUGUGACAGAAAGAGCCUUCGUCACCUCAUAGACUCAGUGAAUGCACUCUACACCAAAUGCCUCCAGCAGCUUCUGAGAGACUCUCAUUUGAAGGUUCUUGCGAAGCAAGAAGCUCAAAUGAAUCUGAUGAAGCAGGCAGUAGAGAUGUAUGUACAUCAUGCUACCUAUGAUCGCAUCUUUAAAUCCGUGGGGACCAUGGAAGCAAGUGAGGAUGCUGCCUUUAACAAAAUCACAAGAAGCCUUCAAGAUCUUCAGCAGAAAGAUCUUGGUGUAAAACCUGAGUUCAGCUUCAACAUCCCUCGUGCGAAGAGAGAGCUGGCCCAGCUGAACAAAUGCACCUCCCCACAGCAGAAGCUGCUCUGCCUGAGGAAGGUGAUACAGCUCAUCACCCAGUCUCCCAGCCACAGAGUUAACUUGGAGACCAUGUGUGCCGAUGAUCUUCUAUCAGUCCUGUUGUAUUUGCUUGUGAAGACAGAAAUCCCUAAUUGGAUGGCAAAUUUGAGUUAUAUGAAAAGCUUCCGAUUCUGCAGCUCAGCGAAAGAUGAAUUGGGAUACUGCCUGACCUCCAUUGAGGCUGCAAUCCAGUAUAUCCGCCAAGGGAGCCUGUCUGCAAAGCCACCUGAGUCUGAAGGAUUGGGGGACAGACUGUUCCUUAAGCAGAAAAUGAACUUCUUGUCACAGAUGGCUUCCACUCCUACUGACUGCCUGUUUAAGCACAUUGCAUCCGGUAACCAGAAGGAAGUGGAAAAGCUUCUGAGCCAACAGGACUGUGACAGGGAUGUCAUUCAGAAAAUGUGCCACCCGCUGUGUUUCUGUGAUGACUGCGAGAAACUUGUGUCUGGCAGGAUGAACGAUCCCUCAGUUGUCACUCCAUUCUCCAGAGAUGACAGUGGCUACACGCCUCUCCACAUGGCUGCUCUGUGCGGACAGGCGUCACUCGUUGACCUGCUGGUGUCCAAGGGCGCGGCAGUGAAUGCCACAGACUACCAUGGUGCUACCCCGCUGCACCUGGCAUGUCAGAAGGGCUAUCAAAGCGUGACGCUCCUGUUGCUUCACUACAAGGCCAGUACCGACAUCCAGGACAACAACGGCCACACCCCACUCCACCUGGCCUGCACCCACGGCCAUGAGGACUGUGUGAAGGCGCUGGUAUACUAUGACGCGCAGUCGUGCCGACUGGACAUCAGCAACGAGAAAGGAGACACACCUCUCCACAUAGCUGCGCGUUGGGGUUACCAAGGCAUCAUCGAGACGCUCCUGCAGAAUGGGGCUCCCACGGAUGUCCAGAACAGAAUGAAAGAAACACCACUGCAGUGUGCAUUAAACGCAAAGAUUCUGUCUGUAAUGCAAGCCCACCAGCUGCCCUCAGACAGGAGGCCCACACUUGGUGAGGUCCCUUCCCAGUCCCCUCAGCGCUCCAUGGACUCCGUCAGCCAGGACUCAUCCACCUCCAGCUUCUCCUCAGCAUUGGUGAGCUCUCGGCAAGAAGAGGCCAAGAAGGACUUCAGAGAGGUAGAAAAACUAUUAAGAGCUGUUGCAGACGGAGAUCUAGAAAUGGUGCGCUACCUUCUGGAGUGGACAGAGGAGGACCUGGAUGAAGCCGAUGAUGCUGUUGGUGUGGCAGGUGUGGAAUUCUGCCACCCCUUGUGCCAGUGCCCAAAGUGUGCUCCGGCUCAGAAGAAGCUGGCCAAGGUUCCUGCCAGUGGGCUGGGGGUGAACGUGACCAAUCAAGACGGUGCCUCCCCCCUGCAUGUGGCUGCCCUUCAUGGCCGGGCCGACCUCGUUCUCCUCCUGUUGAAGCAUGGCGCCAGCCCAAGUGCUAGAGACAAGGCGCAAGCCACACCCCUCCACCUGGCCUGCCGGAAGGGCCACUUUGAGGUGGUGAAAUGUCUGCUGGACUCAAAUGUGAAGCCUGAUAAAAAGGACCUGAGCGGGAACACACCCCUGAUUUGUGCCUGUGCUGAGGGCCAUCACGAAGUUGCAGCACUACUGUUACAGCAUGGGGCCUCUAUGAAUGCUUCAAACAGUAAGGGCAACACGGCCCUGCACGAGGCAGUGAUAGGAAACCAUGUGUUCGUGGUGGAGCUGCUUCUGCUCCACGGAGCAUCGGUUCAUAUCAUGAACAAGAGGCAGCGCACAGCCAUAGACUGCGCUGACCAGAAGUCAAAAAUCAUGGAGUUACUUCAGGUAGUACCAAGUUGUGUGACCUCCUUAGACGAUGUUUCAGAAUCAGACGCCGGGGAAUACGUGACUGUCAAGAUCCGGAAAAAGUGGAACUCAACACUGUAUGAUCUCCCUGAUGAGCCUUUUACAAGACAGUUUUACUGCGGGCCCUCGGUUGGUGGAUCUGAUUUUAGGAAAAAAACUUCAAAGGAGAUUAUGGCAAGAGGUAGAAGUGUCCCUAAUUUUACUGAGCCAGAGAAGCAAGGAGUCACAGGGAAGCAGAGCCACCCACCAGAGCCACCCAGAGGUGCAGCUGCAGACAGAGGAGACGAGGGGCCUGCGCAGAGUGCUGGGCUGAGGCCAGCUGUUCCGGCGCCUGAGUGUGUUAUCCACAGAGACACAGUGAACGACACACCAGACCCGCAGACGCCUGAGACCCUUAGCCAGCCGGCCGCGUCCCCAGAGCCCAGCCUCUCCCCAUCUAAGCCAUCAGAAGGAACUGACAGGCCUGCUACCAAGGUGUGAGAUGAGAUGCUGUGGGAGAAUGUGGCUUGGAAAUUACGAUGCUUAUAAAGAGACUUGACAGACUUUAUGCCCACCAUGGGAGAAAAUCAAGAGUUUUUCUAUGGCUGGGGGCAAGAGGGUGAGCAAGAAAAACAGCCACCAUUGAGUGAAGCUAAUGUAUGACAACCCUGAAUCCAGAUCCUUCAUCCCAGAUGUUUCUAAGUAAAACAAUUUCCUGGUUAGGGGAUAGGUUUUGGUGUCAGACUCUGCCGGCCUUGGUUCCAAAGGCACCCAGCCACCAGGAACAGCAGAAAUGGGCAAACCCUGAGAGGAGCUGAAAGACAUUGCCUGAGGCUGGGGAAGCCGGGGAAGAAUGGUUCCUCAAAAGAAGAAUGGAACCUUUGGAAGCCACUGGAGUCCCUGGUGGCCGCUCCUUUCAGUGCCAGGUGGCGGGGAGCCCUGGCCUGCCCCACCUGGCCUGCCCCAUGCAUCAGGAGACGCCGCCAUGAGCACACACCGUCCCAUGGCAGACGCACUGUUACGCCGCACGCAGCCCGGCCCGCCAGCCGCAGAUGGUCACUAGCACGUACAUUUGGCACGUGUUUCCUUCGUCUUGAUUCACAUUCACACGUACAGCACAAAGCAGGUCAAAGUUACUUUUUGAGUUCAGGUGUCUUGUCCCUUCCUCCUUUUUAUGGAUUUCUAUAGAUGACACUAUUUUUCUGUUGUUCCUGGCCCAGCGCUGCGCCCGUGGGGCUUGUUCGAGUCCAUUCCCUGUAGCUGUGGGAUGAGGAUGGCUCUGCAUGUCCUUGGAAACACUUGUGUCUGUACAGAGGAAAAAGGCUGCAGUAUUUUUCUACAAAGUAAUUUAUGAUUUCUAAUUUUCUAACGUGCCUUGGAUGUGUGCCAAAUGAUGGAGAGGAAACAGUAAACGCUGAUUGCUGAGUGA